AAAAGCCCACCCCCAUUUCUCCUGCUCUUUAUUAUUAUUAUUAUCACUCGCAUUCUGCUGCCUGUUUCAGACUCAAACCCAAAGUUCCUCGAAAACAUCACCAGCCAGCUCUAUCCUUCUUCCUCCCCUUGUUUGGUUUGGUUUGGUUUGGUUUGGUUUUGUUUCGUUUUGUUCGGUUUCAACUGCAGAAAGAAAGAAAGGAAGGAAGGAAGGAAAAGUUCGUCCCUUUUUACGAUUUAAGGAUUAAAAAUUCAAUCUUUUUUUUUAGUUUAAGACAGAACAGAAACAAGGAAUUGGGAGGGGAGAGAGGACGGAAUCGACAUGAAGGAGUUAUGGACGUCAGUGGCAUCGGUGCUGGGGGUGCUGGCCUUUUGUCAAUCCUUGCUCCAAGUGGUCUUCCCACCGGAGCUCCGAUUCGCCGUCCUCAAGUUCCUCAACCGCCUCUUCCACUGCUUUUCCGCCUACUGCUACUUUGACAUCACCGAGAUCGACGGCGUCAACACCAACGAGCUCUACAACGCCGUCCAGCUCUACCUCAGCUCCUUUGUCUCCGCCGCCGGCAGCCGCCUCAGCCUCACCCGCGCCCUCAACUCCAGCGCCACCACCUUCGGCCUCUCCAACAACGACUCCAUCUCCGACACCUUCCGCGGGGUCGCCAUCCUCUGGGAGCACGUCGUCACCCAGCGCCAAUCCCAGUCUUUCUCCUGGCGGCCCCUUCCCGACGAGAAGCGGGGCUUCACCCUCCGCAUCAAGAAGCGCGACAAGGACCUCAUCCUCGACUCCUACCUCGAUCACAUCAUGGAGAGGGCCAACGACAUCCGGCGCAAGAACCAGGAGAGGCUCCUCUACACCAACUCCCGCGGCGGCUCCCUCGACUCCCGCGGCCACCCCUGGGAGUCCGUCCCAUUCAAGCACCCCAGCACCUUCGACACCCUCGCCAUGGACCCGGACAGGAAGCAGGCCAUCAUGGACGACCUCCGAGACUUUGCCAGCGGGCAGUCAUUCUAUCAGCGCACCGGCCGGGCCUGGAAGAGGGGCUACCUGCUCUACGGCCCGCCAGGGACGGGGAAGUCGAGCAUGAUCGCCGCGAUGGCCAACUACCUGGGCUACGACAUCUACGACCUCGAGCUCACCGAGGUGCACUCCAAUUCCGAGCUCCGGAAGCUGCUCAUGAAGACUAGCUCCAAGUCGAUCAUUGUGAUCGAGGACAUCGACUGCUCUGUCAAUUUGUCGAACAGAUGGAAGCCGGGGGGUGGUAAUGGGUCGUCUGCAAAUCGGAACUGCUACGACCCCAGUUCCCUGGACCUGCGGGGCGGCGGGCCGGGAGAAGAAGGGGGCGCGAACAACACGAUCACCUUGUCGGGGCUGCUGAACUUCACCGAUGGGCUGUGGUCGUGCUGCGGGAGCGAGAGGAUCUUCGUGUUCACGACCAACCACAUCGAGAAGCUGGACCCGGCUCUGCUCCGGAGCGGGAGGAUGGACAUGCACAUCUUCAUGAGCUAUUGCUCCUUCCCGGCGCUGAAGAUCCUCUUGAGGAACUACUUGGGCUGGGAGUGCGAAGAAGUGGAUGGGGAGCUGGGCAGGGAGGUGAUGAGAGAGCUGGAAGAGGUGACGGAGAAGGCGGCGAUGACCCCGGCGGACGUCAGCGAGGUGCUGAUCAAGAACAGGGGCGACCGGAGGCGGGCCGUGAGGGAGCUUCUGGAGGUGCUGAAGGCGAGGGCGGAGAGGAAUUCGAUUUCAAACUUCGGCGGCGGAGUAGUGGAGGAUGAGGAGCAGGAGAAGAGGGCCCUGGAGAGCCCCAAGGGUGUCAAGAGGCCGCCCACUAAUUGCCAAGAGAAGGACAACACUAGUUGCAAGAAACAACAGCAACAAGGGGAAGCAGCAGAUGAUCUUGUCGAUUGAUGAUGAUGAUGAUGGCGAUCAUCAAGGUAUUAGAAAAUGAAUGACACCGGUCGGGCUGGUUCCGAUUUUCGAGUUCGCUCGCUAGAAACCCGGUUAAAAUUUGGAUCAGGUGAACAUAAGAUUAUGUGCAGUUAGUAGCACACUAGUGUGUUCAAAUCGGAAAUUGCUUUAACCUCUGCCAAGAAAGGGGGAAAAAAAAAAAGAGAGAGAGAGAGAGAUAAUAAAAAUAAUAAUGAUGGAUUGUAUGUGGAGAAUAGGGAAAGAAUGACAAUGAGGGGGAAAGAUUUUUUUUUUCAAAAAAUUAAAUAUAUAAUUUUGGUUUAAUGAUCCAAUAGGAAGAAAAGGCCAGAUUUUGAUGGUGGGGUUGAGGUGAGGUGGCGGAGGAGGACAACCAAAGGAUGAUUAGUGGUGAAUAUUUGUCUACAAAUAUAUAUAUAUACUAUGUUUCAAUAGUGUUUUGGUAUAUACAAACCAAUUUACCUUUA